AUGGGCUGUUUCUUCGUGGCAAGUUUGCUCAGCCUGCUGUUGGUGCUGCUGCUGCUGCUGGCUUGUCGGCUCUGGAGGUCUCGGCGACCAGAUGAACCUCCACUUGAUAAAGGUCUCAUUCCUUGGCUUGGGCAUGCCCUGGAAUUUGGCAAAGAUGCUGCCAGCUUCCUGUCUGACAUGAGGAAGAAGCAUGGUGAUAUUUUCACAGUUCAAGCUGCGGGCAAAUUUGUCACUGUGUUAUUGGACCCUCAUUCCUAUGAUGCGGUGCUUUGGGAAUCCCACUGCAAGUUGGACUUUGGCCAGUAUGCACGCAUUUUAAUGGACCGCAUGUUUGAUGUCAAGCUGCCGGAUUAUGAUCCCAAUGAGGAGAAAGUCAUGCUGAGAACGACUCUGCAAAACAAGAAUCUCCCUUCCCUGACUCAGGCAAUGGCCUUCAAUCUAAGAACCAUUCUGCUUUCUGACCCAAGUAAAGUCAGUGGGCAGUGGAAAGAGGAAGGCUUGUUUCACCUCUCCUACAGUACAAUGCUCAGAGCUGGAUACCUGACACUGUAUGGGAAUGAAAGCAAGAAUUAUGAAGACGCCGCUGGUCAAGCUAAAGACCAGGCUGACUCUCUGGAAGUAUAUCAAGGGUUUUAUAAGCUGGACCGUCUUUUGAUGAAAGCUGCCCGCAACAUUUUAAGCGCAGCAGAAAAAGAGACAUUUGGCAGCUGCAAGAAAAAUCUCUGGAAGUUGCUUUCUGUGAAAAGGAUGGGCAGCAGAGCAAACCGAAGCAUUUGGCUGGACAGCUAUAAACAGCACUUGGUGGACCUAGGAGUGGAUGAAGACAUGCAGACGAGAGCCAUGCUGUUGCAGCUCUGGAGCACUCAGAGUAACGCAGGGCCUGCAGUUUUUUGGCUCCUCCUGUUUCUUUUGAAAUACCCUUCAGCCAUGGCAGCAGUUCAAGGUGAAAUGGAAAAGAUUUUGAAAAGGAGACACCAAAAAACUGGACCAAUGGAUUGGAUCAGCCAAGAGGUUUUGGACAGCACACCCAUUUUUGACAGCGUAUUGAAUGAAACACUGCGUUUGACAGCGGCUCCUUUUAUCAGCCGAGAAGUCCUUCAAGACAUGUCCUUGAAACUGGCAGAGGGCAACGAGUACCACUUGAGAAAGGGAGACAGGCUUUGCCUCUUUCCAUUCGUAAGCCCUCAAAUGGACCCCGAAAUCUACGAGGAGCCAGAGAAAUUCAAGUAUGACCGGUUCCUCAAUGCUGAUGGCACUGAAAAAACGGACUUCUAUAAAGGAGGGAAAAAGCUCAAGUAUUACACCAUGCCGUGGGGAGCGGGACUAAAUGUCUGCAUUGGGAAGUUCCUCGCAGUCAAUAGCAUCAAGCAGUGUGUUUUCCUCCUCUUAAGCUCUUUUGAUUUGGAGCUAAAAGAUCCCAAGGCAAAGAUCCCUGGUUUUGACAAGGAAAGAUAUGGCUUUGGAAUGGUGCAGCCAGAAAAGGACGUCAUAGUUCGAUAUAAAUUGAAAGACCAGUAAAAUGGUUCCUCUCUCCUCCCAACCAAGUUAUUCUGGCUACUUCUUUGUGAUCUGCAAGAAAACAGCUCUUCAUUCAUUUCAGCAGAGCGUUAUUUUGACAUGAGAUUGCCAAGAGUUUAUUUACAUUAUAGCCAGAAGGAAGCUAUUUUAAAUUGCUGUCUGCAAUCUGAUCAUAUGUAAAGGCU